UUGGACUUGUCAUGUCGCCGCUGCUAUGCCAGCUGGGGUGGCUAACGCUACCAUCCGGUGACCUCCAGACUUACCAUGGCGUUGCCGCUGGCCGGCGCGGUAGCUUGGCAGCUACAAUCCGCGGCAGAAGAAGUCAUUGUUCCGCAGCCAUGGCAAGCCAUCCAGUCGACGUCGAUAAGAUCCGGCAUGGGCAGCGCGCGGCCGUGCUCGCCAUCGGCACGGCGAACCCGAUGAACUGCGUGCGCCAGGACGAGUACGCCGACUGGUAUUUCAGAGCCACCGGGAGCGACCACCUCCCUCACCUCAAGGCCAAGAUGAAGAGAAUGUGUGACAGGUCGGGCAUCAGGAAGCGCUACUUCCACCACAGCGAGAGGAUGAUCCGCGAGCACCCCGCCUUGCUCGGCCGUGACGAGCUGCCGUCGCUCAACGCGAGGCAGGACAUUCUGGCGGCCGCCGUGCCCGAGCUCGCCGCGGCUGCCGCCGAGGACGCCAUAGCGGAGUGGGGUCGCCCGGCUAGCGACGUCACCCACCUCGUCGUCUGCACCUACUCGGGCGCCCACAUGCCGGGUGCCGACCUCCGCCUCGCCUCCCUCCUUGGCCUCCGGCCCACGGUCUGCCGCACCGUGCUCUACCUCCAGGGCUGCACCGCCGGCAGCGCGGCGCUCCGCGUCGCCAAGGACGUCGCCGAGAACAACCGUGGCGCGCGCGUCCUCGUCGCCUGCGCCGAGCUCACGCUCGUCAUGCUCCGCGCGCCCGACGAGGCCCGCCCCGGCACGCUCGUCAUGCAGUCCAUGUUCGGCGACGGCGCCAGCGCCGCCGUCGUGGGCGCCGAGGCCGAGGAGCCCGUCGAGCGCCCGCUCUUCGAGAUGGUCUCCGCCUACCAGGACGUGAUACCGGAGACAACCGACAGCCGCGCGGCGGGGCAGCUGAACGAGGACGGCUUGGUGUUCCAACCGUCCAGCGGCAUGCCGGCGCUGGUGCGCCAGAAUAUCGAGCGGUGCGUCGCCGACGCGCUGGCGCCGCUCGGCCUCCGCGGCGGCGGCGGUGGGUGGAACGAGCUCUUCUGGGCGGUACAGCCCAGCGGGCGCGCGAUCUUGGACGGCGUCGAGGCGGGGCUGGCUCUGGAGCCGGAGAAGCUGGCGGCGAGCCGCCGCGUGCUGAGGGAGUACGGGUACAUGUCCGGCGCAUCGAUGCUAUUCGUGCUGGACGAGCUCAGGCGGCGCCAUGUUGGCGGUGGAUGGGACGACAUGCCGGCGGGAGGGAUGGGGGUGAUGGUGGGGAUCGGGCCGGGGAUCUCCGUGGAGACCAUGGUGCUGCGCGCGGCGAACAGCAGCCAGAGUAGGAACGGGGUUCUGCGUUCACCAUGGCAGUAGAUUUGAUUCGUGGGUCAUGGCUUCAUACUUUGUCACAUCUUACCCCUUUCCUCACCAUUUCCUCCUCUUUCUCUCCAGCUGCCCGAAAUUUGUGAAAAGGAAUUCCGUAUAAGGGAAUAAAGGGGAAAGGGAAACUCUUACAUCUUAAUAUGUACUCCUAGAAUACCCGUGCGUUGUUACGGGUCCUACUGGUUCUCAAGUCAUUCAACUGGUGAAAAAAAUCA